UAAAUUAAGUAUAAUAAAUUACUCUCAAGUAAUAGUAUUGAAUGCAUCGCAGAUAAAAAAUGUGUAGGUACAUUUAUAAAUUUAUUUAAAUUUUUCGCUAAUCAAUAUAUUAGUUAUAAAUGUCAUGACAUUCGAUUAAAAAAUAUCAAAGAGUGAAAGAUCUGAAAAUGUAUGUAGAAAAUGCAAAUAAUAGCCUAGGGAGUUUGUAAUGCUUUAGGAAAUUUUAUAAAUCUUUUGUGAAGCUUUCUAUUCUAUGUACCUCAUAGUUUGUGGUUUUAAUCUCCUGCACUUGCACUUCGGGUUCGAGUCGCUUUGGAUAUUUGAAUGAUAAGUAGAAAACGUAGAUUCUUCACGUAAAUUUGAAAAGUGGAGAACUGUAAAAAAAGUGAAACAUUUCAGUGAUAAUUAGAUCGAUCGUGUGUAAAAAUAAUUGGAAGAGUUGUGGCAUAAAGGGUACUCUUUGAGAAUUGGACGUGUAAAAUAUGGAGCAGCUGAAAUUUUAUAGUUCUUAUAUCAAAAUAAAUGGGAUACCUCUUCUUUCACCAUUGAUAACUGAUAGCAUUAAAGAAGAAAUGAGACAUUAUAAAUCUUUGGCAGUUAAGGUAGAAGAAAAAUUAAAAAGUAGACAACUUAAACACAAUAUUAAAGAUAAGUGUGUGCAAGCUGAUAUUAUAGAAUCAAUAGAUAAAUUAAAAAGUAUCAAAUAUGAUUCAGACAGUGAUUUAUCCAAUCGUGAUACUAUGAGUGACACCAACAAUAGUGACACGCAUUCUAAAACAACCAUCAUUGAACCAAUGCCAACGACACAAGUUAUUGAAGAAACAAAAGACGAACAUAAUAUUCAGUCUACUAUGUCAGAUAUGCAACAUUCGCAAUUUCAAGUUUGUUCAAUGGAUAAUAUUAAUACAAAAGCUAUAACUGCAAAAACUGAUGAAAAUGACUACAUUAACGCAACAGAAAUGUCAACACCAAAUGAAGAUGUGUCUCCAGAAAAUUGGAAACCUAAAAUACCUAAAACACUGAAUAUAGUUCCAAUAACAUUAAGCAACGAAGAGGACAAUGGUUCUCCUGCUUCCAAGGAGAAAGAAAAUCCGCCUAAAUUAUCCCGUCAAGGUUCUUAUGUAUUGGAUACACCCAGCCCUAUAUUACUAGCUCAUAUGCAUACAGAAUUAAGUGAUAAGAAUUAUGUUCCCACACCUACGAUUAAUACAUCCCAACGAAAACAAUGGAACAUAGUGCAGCCCGAGGUCAAGUGGGAAAAUAAGCAACUCAUAAUAGAAAGCACCAAACAAGCAUCAAACAAAUUAGAAUGUGCAACAGAUGAAACAACUUUUCAACAUACAGAAUUUGACGCUUCAACAGAACCAUAUCAAAUAGACCAAUCUAUUACCAAAACAGAAGUUACUGAAGAACAUACAGGUAAAACUGAUAUUGCACUAAUCAAAAAUGAUAUAUCUGACACGAGUCUUGCGAAGCGAAGUUCUCUAGAAAAAUUAGAAAAAUUAGAUAGUAGUACCUGUGUAUCAAAUUUAUCAAAUGAAAAAUCAAUAGAAGAUGCAAAUAGUCUUAAAUCUCAACUGUCGUGCAUAGAUGAAAACAAGCAUCAUGAUAAAAUGAAGAAUACCAAAGAACAUCCAAAAAUUGUUAAAAGAAAAUCAUCUAUUACGUCUGAAAAACUUUUGACAGUCUACAAACAGAUUGAAGAAAUGUAUAAGAAACAAAUGAUGGAGCUGAUAUAUCGUCAACAAAAGGAACAAUCUUUGCUACAAGCAGAAUUCCAGAAACAACAGAUGCUUUUAUUAGCUGAAAUGCAGAAGUGUUCUUUUAAUGCAUCGAAUCGGACAAAUGCAUCAUCAAAUGUUACAUCAAAUCAAUCAUCAAUAAACAAGAAAGAAAUACUAGAAAAUAUCAUUAGCGAAACAGGACAGCAAUCAAAUAUAAACUCUCCUAGCAAUUUACAUGUGGAAGAACGUUAUAAUAGUAAAUCAUCCCCAGCAAAGCAUACAAAUGUCAUUGUAUGCCCACUAGAUUACAUUUCCUCGAAAAAUUUAUAUUCACUUAAACAUUAUAAACCUCCUCUUUUUAUUAGGGACACUUCUCCCGCAACACCUGAUUUUAAUUUUAUGAGCCAAGUAAAUGUAUGUAAUGCUACAUAUAAUAAUAAUAAUAAUGAUGAUGAUGAUGAUGAUAAUGAUGAUGAUGACAGUGAACCAAAUAAUCGUAUCAUAUAUAAGAAUUUAAAUGUGAAUCGACAGUUAUUUCCUUUAGAUAGUAAUACCACACAUGUCCCAAUACUAGAUACUUCAGCAUAUCAUAAUAAACAUAUACAGGCAGUGAAUACUAUCAAUGCUUAUACACGAGGUUACUUAGUACGUAGAUUAAUGCGAACCGAACGUGUUAUUACUUUAAAAAAGGUAUAUAAAGAAGCAUUGCAAUGUAUGCUUAAGUUGCACGUUGAUGCUCCUUUAAACUUAGCGGAAGUAGACUUUCUUCAUCGCCUACAAUUGCAGUGUGAUGCGGCAUCUAUGAAUAUAGUGGACUUAUUUGCACAGUCUCCGACGAAGAGAAUGAAAGUGAUAGCGCAAGAUCGCGAAAUUAAGCAAUCUCGAGCAGAACGUCCGAGUUCGUCUCGAUCGUAUUCGUUCGCCACUCAAAAGACUUUAGCCAGGAGAAAUUUGAGGGAAUUUGAAUCCACAAUGACAAAAUAUCAAAGACCAUUGGUCAUUAAAAAAAAUACUGUUAGGUCGAGGUGUCAAACUUGGACGUCGGAUAUGAGAGACAAACUUAUGUCACCAAAUAUGUUGCAUCAAGGUAUUAAAAGAAGUACCAGCGCCGGAACUGUUCGGAAGCCGUGGCGAUGAUGAGAAAGAGAGUGCCUUAUGAUGUUAAUUAAGCGACACAUCAAUCUUACUACUUAGAAAAAUGUAAUUACGUACAUGUGCGGCUCUUGAGCUGACAAUUUUCUUAUUUCUAUAACGCCUCGCGUUAGCUAUUCCUGCCUUGAAAAGCGCACUAGUGCCCGAUUUUGCGAUAAAUUUAUUUUUCGUUAUUGUCAUUUCUUGACUGAUGUAAUCUUUAUCUGUGAUACGUAUAUAUCCAAUAUAUUGCUUCCAACUUUAUAUUUAUUGAAGCUAAAACAAAGAUCUAUUAUACGAGAAUACCUCAAAUAUACAUGCUAAGUACAGAAGUAAUAAAUGAUAUAUAUGUAAUUAUUCUCGGGAAAAAUUAUGCAAAGAAAAAAAUCAUCUCCAUGCUUUUUUAUAUUGAAUAAUAGAUUAUAAAGUAUAUCUCAUGUA